AUGGCCAAAAGGUGGAAAAUGAAAGAGCUCAUCGAUUUCUUACAGAAAAAAGAAGACCUAGAUCUUGACAAGGAUGAUUUAGAAAUCAUUAGCAAAGAAAAAAUUAAUGGUUGUGACUUUCUCAAGAUAAGUGAAGAAAAGCUUCGCAGUUAUAAAAUGGCAGCACUUCGCACAUUGCAUGGCAGAAAUUAUGGUCAGACUGAAAAAUUAUGGGUGGAUAGUUUAGAAGCUAUGCGUAAUGAAUAUGUCAUAGUAAUUGCUAGAGACAACACACAAAAGAAAUUUAGCAUGAGGCCUCGAUAUGAAAUUGUUGGGAAUGAAAAUACAGAAAAGUUAAUUAUGCAAUUAAGAUGGGAUUCUGAGGAUUUAAUUUGUGUGACAGAGAAUAAACAACACCAAAUACCUGUGGUCCCGGAGAGAUCUCACAAGUUAGUAAAUUACCAUAUAUAUACUAUUGAAUUUACUGAAGAUGCAUUGAAUAAGGAAUCUGAAGAAUAUCAAAUAUUGCAUAAAAGUGUAAAAAGAGUAUUUGGUGUGGUUGCAGUUUGCUAA